AUGAUCGAUUUUAGUUAUCUAAAACCUCCAGUUGAUGUGUAUUAAAUCAAACAUGAUCCAUUCUAUGUAAAACAUGGAGAGGGAAAGAAUCAUGUUAGAAAAAUAUUUUUCCAUUAAGAAUUUGAUGAAUAUGAAUAAUAAAAAAUUAAGGAGUUGACAGAAAGUAUACAAUAACAUAAAUUAACAUUGCCUCUUGAUUGGUGUCAUGAGUUGACUCUUAAAUAUUGUUAUUCGGGGGGUUUCGAAAUAAGUAGAUGCAUUUAAAGGUUACAAAAACAUCUGGAAUGGAUUCACGAUGAAAAUUAUCAAGUCUUGUCUGCAGAGGCUGAAUAAUAUUUAAAAUAAGGGUACAUUUAUUAAUUUGGAAGAGAUCACUAAUACAGACCAGUAGUAUAUAUAUAAUUGCAUAUGAUUUCAAAAAACAAAGUUCAUGUACCCACUCUUUUAAAUGCAGCAACAGCUAUUGGAAAUAUGGUAACUAAGUUUAUGUAUGCUCGUGGUUAUGUUGAAAAUUGGAUAGUCAUAUUGGAUAGCGGUGGCAGUGGAUUAUUUGAUUUCCCAUUCUCCACUCUCAGUAUGAUUAACGAAUUCUUUUCAAUCAACUACACUAGUUCAUUGCAUAAAAUGUUUAUUUUGAAUCCCUCCUUCUUCUUCAAUUCCUCAUGGAAAUUAAUCGAAAAAAUCAUUCACCCUGAAACUGCUGCCAAAAUCAAUUUCCUCAAGGCUUCUGAUUUUUAUAAAAUAUAGGAAUUAAUUCCAGCAGAAGAGAUCGAAAUCAAAUAUGGAGGUUAACAUCCAAACCUAACCACUUUUUGGCCUCCUAUCAAUACUAAAACUCAAAUCAAUUAACCAAACGAUGAGUUUCAGCACAUUUAGAGACCUCAUACUCUUACAAAACGUACUUAAAGUCUCAAAGAAUCUGAAUAUUUUAGUAUUGAUAAUAAUUCCAAAGAGUUUUAUAAUAAUUCUAAAAUGAAAGAAUAUCGAAUACAUGAACAGUUUCAAGUCAUUGAUUAAUAACACGCAAAAUGUUGUUCUUGUAAAAUAAUGUGA